AAAAGAUUGUAGACGCUCUGUGAAAUGUGGUUUUACAUUGAACAAGUACAAACUGUAAACCUGUGAAAUGUGGUUUUAUGUUGCCGACGGCUCGAGACACAUGGUGAUGGCAGGGGACAGGAUGGCUGACUCACUACAGGUGCCAGAUUUUAAAAGAUCUAACCCAGCAGCACAGUUGCCAUCUCUCCCCCUGCUGAUUGGAGAGUUCCCCCUCCUGGUUUCUAAGACAUCAGAUGGCAACGCCAUGGUCACCAACUUCCGCUUCUGUGUGUGUGAAAGGCGCUCGUUCAUCAACGUCCCCGUCAUGAUGGUGUCAGAGGUGUUUGUCAUUGAGGCUGCUAAACGCCUGAGGAUAGGCUGUAAGGAUGGCUCCACCUACAGCUGUGUAUUUGCCAGCUCUGAAGACUGCAGUGAAUGCACCUCACUGCUGCGAGAGAGGUCAGGUCUCCCCUCCAGUACCAAGACCCUGUUUGCCUACAGGUUCUACAGCCAGGCCUGCCUCAGGGAGGGAUCAAAGGUCAAGCUGACCCCUGAGGAAGAGGAGCAGGUAGCACUGUGUCGACCUACAGGUGAGGUGUUCACAUAUUCCUUUGACAAAGAAGUUGAACGUUUGGGGUUUGAUACAUAUAGAAAAAAAAUCUGGAGAAUCAGCCAUGCCAAUGACAAUUUUGAGUUCUGUCCCACGUACCCCAAGACCCACAUCCUGCCUGCAACAUACGAGGAUGACAAACUCAAGUUCAGCCUUGACUUUAGAGCUAUGAGAAGAUUCCCAUCUGUGGUGUGGAGGGACAAGACAACUGGGGUUGUGCUCAUCCGCAGCAGUCAGCCACUGUCCAGUUUCCUAGGUCUCAGCUACUUCCACAAUCCAUCAGAUGUCUCACUCAUAGAGGAGAUUGUCAGUGCUUGCAACAAGGAGAGGGAUGCCAUUGCUGCAGAACGACAUGCCCAGGUCAGACAUGCCACCAAGGCAGUGCAGGAGAGGGGAGACAACUGUAACUCUAACUCUGCUGAAGAAGAUGGCGCUCAAGGCUCUCUGGUCUCAUUGGAUUCCGGAAUAUCUAGCAGCCACGGCGCCAGCAAUGGUUCUCAUGACUUUGAUGACACAAGGACGCCAAGAAAACUUGCCAUUGUAGACUGUCGCAGUCUGGCUGGUGUGUGGGGAAACAGCUUUAAAGGGGGUGGUACAGAGGAUGAAGUUGUGUACAAGUGUAACAUCAUCCACCUGGACUUGGCCAACAUCCACACUGUACGUGAUAGCUUCAACAAGCUACGAGCCUUGUGUCACAGUUACGUCGAGGGCACCUACUACAAGAACUUGUCAGGCUGUAUGUGGCUGACGUACAUCUCUGCCCUGCUGCGUGGCGCCAACAUAGUGGUUGACCUGAUGCAUGUCAAGACCAGGCCAGUGCUGGUCCACUGCUCCGAUGGUUGGGACAGGACCUCACAGAUUGUCUCACUGUCUGAGAUCAUGAUGGACCCCUACUACAGGACCAUCAAGGGUUUUCAAGUGGUGGUUGAGAGGGAGUGGCUCCACUUUGGCCACAAGUUUGGUGAGAGGGGGGGUCAUGACCCCCAGUGUUCAGACACCAACCAGGUCAGCCCUAUCUUCCUCCAGUUUUUGGACUGUGUCUAUCAGCUGACCUUACAGUACCCUACAGAGUUCCAGUUUAAUGAGGCCUACCUGGUGAAGCUGCUCAAGCACUCGCAGGCCUGCCUCUUUGGUGACUUCCUCCACAACUGCCAGAAGGAGAGGGAGAAGUGUGGUCCAACAGCCUCAGUCUGGUCCCUGCUGAGACCUGAGAAUGUUCAGUUCUUGAACCUCCUGUACAAGCCCUCCUCCACCAAGGUAUUGACGGCCAGGUACAGUGAACAUGAUAUCCAGCUGUGGAAAAAUGUCUACAUGGCAGACCUGUCACCUGGCAGGCAGGUAGAUUUUUACCUGGACUCCUCCAUGCCAGGGGAGGAGAGUGUGCAGGGGGACGGAGUACCUAGGUCCAAAUCCAUGGAUGACCUGUCUAAAGGGUUCACUGACAGCGGCCGGCGCAACAGUGAUCCAACUGUGAUCCAGAGCCUAGACUCGGCCACGCCCAACCCCGCCCUAGUCGGUGUCCAUGACACGUCGUCCUCAUCUGCGGAGAUCCUCCACUUCCCAGAGGACUCCCCAAACUCCAGACAAAAGUUAUUGCCACACCAGGAGGUGGGGGGAGAGAAGCUUCGUCCCCCAGACUGUAGACCAGCUGCCUCACCACCAACAGAGGCAUCAUCCUUAGCUGCCUCGCACUCACCACCAACAGAGACAUCAUCCUUAAAGGACCUGGCCAACUCUGCACUGUCCCGCUACGCCAGUCUUGGUGAGCGGCCCAGUGGCCCGGUCUGUCCUGAUGGACCCAGUGGCCCCCCCGUCUGUCCUGAUGGACUAUCAUGUGAGUAUAGUGGUACUGAGGCUUGGAAUAAAAACCAGUUUCAGACCCUGGGGCCCUCAUCGUCAGCAGUGGCUCAGGGCCUAGGGCCCUCAUCAUCAGCAGUGGCUCAGGGCCUAGGGCCCUCAUCGUCAGCAGUGGCUCAGGGCCUAGGGCCCUCAUCGUCAGCUGUGGCUCAGAGCCUAGGGCCCUCAUUAUCAACUGUGGUUCUGGGGCCCUCAUCAUCAGCUGUGUUUUGUCAGGAAAGCAGCUCAGAGAGUAGCAGUGAACAGACUUUGUGUUGUGACCUGACCCCUGACCCAACCUCUGACAUAAACUGUGGGCUUUCACUCAAUUCCUUACCUAACGGUCUAAAUUCUGAACACUUAACCAAUGGCCAUGGUGAGGACAAUUUUUUAACUAGUGCUAAGUUAAUAGUGGAUGAGGAUGUGACUCUGCCACUGAAAGCUGUGACAAACUAUCAAUCUUUAGACUCUGGUUACCAGCUCAGGCAGACCUCCCUGUUGUCUGAACGCCUGACUAUGAAUGGUCAAUGUCUAAUGAACGGCCACUGUCAGCAGUUGGCUAACACCUCGUGGUGCGUCAAUGGGGACAAACAGCAUUCCAAGAAAUCCCAGGGUAGGUUGGAGGACUUCAAUGAAGACAACCACUUGCACCAAGAAAAAGAUUUCAAUGAGUUUGGAGUUAUCUCUUUGACUAAUGGUAAAUUUGGUAAGCCACUGAUGCGAAGUAUUCACUCCAACUCCUCACCAUCAGACCUGUAUCUAGAGGAGAGUGAUAGGACUAAUGUCAAUUCUCUUUCCACGGAUACCCUCACGGAUGAGCUGGAGACGGGGGGAGGGGACUCGUCUCCCUCCUCCUCCUGCUACAGCAGGCCGCUGGAGGUGAGCACCAAACAAGAGAGGCUGACACCCCCCCUGGCAUCCUCCUCCCUGGUGACCUCAAGAGGCCCCGCGGAGCUGUCAGACAGUGGCACCAAGCUGGUCUCUCGCAGGGCCAGGGCAGCCUCUGGUGCCAGCAGGGACCUGAGUGUGUCACCCUGUGCCUGCAGGGGGAACUGGUCAGACACCAACAGGCUCAAGCACCCCAGUGGGGGGGACGUGUCCAGGCGAUGGUUGGGUGCCACGGUAGCCACAAGUACAACAGACAUCAGUGACUCGUGGGUGGCCAAGGUCAGCAGCCCAGCAUGUGACAGACAACAGAGCAUCAAACACCACAUUGACCUGGACGGGCUGACCAUGUUCUGUGAUGAGAGGCAGCAGCUGAUUGGGGAGCUACUGGCUGAGAGGGACAGGAAGAUCUCAGAGCUGCAGCUUCAGCUGGACAACGCCAAGAGGACCAUCAAGUCCAGUCAGCCACUGACCACUAGGUCACAGCUGGAUGACUUUAUGAGUGACUCCGAGGCAGGAGAGAUGAGUUCCCUGGGGUCCCACCCUGCGUCUGACGCCAGCUGGGAGAACGUGGAUGAGAAUGAGGCCAAGAUUGUCCUGUGGGUGCCCGACUCAGCUGUCACUCACUGCGCAGGCUGUGAUGGAAUUUUCUGGAUUGGUCGACGCAAACAUCAUUGCCGCAACUGUGGCAAAGUGUUCUGCGCAGACUGCUCCAACUUCCUGGCUCCUGUCCCACACCAACACCUGAACAAACCUGAGCGCGUCUGUCGCAAGUGUCACUCCCAUCUCCUCCAGCUGAGUCCAGGGGCGUCGUCAGAUGGUCGCAUUCCUACACUUGUUGCAGAAGGCUAGACUUGGGUUGAUGACUGCUAGGCAACAUUAGGCACCUAACAUUGUUAUUUUUAAAUUUCAACAUUGAACCUUUGUUACUUAGACAAUUAAUUAAUAAAUUUUGCUAGUAAA